AAGCCAUGAGAGAGUACAAAGUGGUGGUGCUGGGCUCCGGCGGCGUGGGCAAGUCCGCGCUCACCGUGCAGUUCGUGACCGGCUCCUUCAUCGAGAAGUACGACCCCACCAUCGAGGACUUCUACCGAAAGGAGAUCGAGGUGGACUCCUCGCCGUCGGUGUUGGAGAUUCUGGACACGGCGGGCACGGAGCAGUUCGCAUCCAUGCGGGACCUGUACAUCAAGAACGGCCAGGGCUUCAUCCUCGUCUACAGCCUCGUCAACCAGCAGAGCUUCCAGGACAUCAAGCCAAUGCGGGACCAGAUCAUCCGCGUGAAGCGGUACGAACGCGUGCCCAUGAUCCUGGUGGGUAACAAGGUGGACCUGGAGGGCGAGCGCGAGGUCUCGUAUGGCGAGGGCAAGGCCCUGGCCGAGGAGUGGAGCUGCCCCUUUAUGGAGACGUCGGCCAAAAACAAAGCCUCGGUGGACGAGCUGUUCGCCGAGAUCGUGCGGCAGAUGAACUACGCGGCGCAGCCCAACGGCGACGAGGGCUGCUGCUCGGCCUGCGUGAUCCUCUGAGGCGUCCCCGGCCGCCGCGCGCCGGCUGCGCUUUGCGCACAAAGCCAAACGCACCCGACUCUCUAAAUGUGAUUUCUCUUCUUGCAUUGAGAUUGGAGACGACUUUGCAUUGGCCGGGAUGUCCUAGGAGCCCGGCUGGCCUGUGCGACCGACGUCCCCUGCCUCCUCCCGGCGUCCGAAGGGGUGUCCGGUCCUGACCAUCUGAGACCCAUUGGAAAUGUGGCUCUUUGCAGCAUGUACGUUUUUCAUUGAUUUUGGUUGACGCAUAUUUCCCCCUUUAAAUAACCGUUAAGGGCGCUGUAUUGGCAGCUUGACACCAGCAAGCGAAAGUUUCAACCUGGAAAAAAUGGGGUGGGGGAGGAAGAGGACAGGGAGAAGGUGGAAGUAGGGUGUGUUUUUUUUUGUUGUUGUUAUUUUUUGUUUUUGUUAACAACCGUUUUCCAGUUCCAAGUUUUAAAUGCGUGGAAGGAAGUCCGGGAGAACCAAAUGAAGGAGCUGGAGGAGAGGAAGAAACUUUUGUUUUUUUCCUUGUUUUCCAGGAGUAGCUGGAAAUUAAUGUCGGGUUCCUUUUCUGCCAGCUUGGAAGGGCAACCCCGUGACUGAUUACGAUUCUGAGGAUGUCUAUGCAAAGUUGGAUUCUUGUUACAGUGUAUCCAAUCUGAAGUAUUGCACAUCUGAACUGGGACUGUUAACACUGAUGCCAAUACAGUGUGGGGUGCCAGAAAGUGUCUGCUGAUAUUUGUGGGAAAAAAAAUCUAUUUUGUUUACCUACUGUAUCUAAGGGGAGUCUGGGAAGAACGGUAGUAUUUUUUUUUAUCAGCUGUGAAAAAAAAUGUUACAGAUCUGCACAUUUUUGUGUGUACUGUUGUGUGUGUGUAUGUGUGUGUGUGUGUUUAAGUUUAGUUUUUUUGUUCUUACUGGUUGGCAGUAACAGAUUUUGAUGACUAGCUCUUUAAAAUACAGUACAAAGACUUCACAAAUGUGAUUCAGGGCCCCCAGCACCCCUGUGUCUGCAGAGUGCCUUCAAAACUCAGCUGUUCCAGCCGGUGCCAACCUGUGAACCUCCCACCCUCUCCCAGAAUCUGUUAUUCCCCAGACCACUUCCCAGUUUCCUUUCAGUAGUCUUUUCGAAGGAGCCAGGACAAUAGGGCCUGUUGUUCGGUGAAUUUCUUCUUUAUUAUUUCCAGCCUUUAAAAUGUAAUUUCCAUGUCUUGCAAUUUUUUUUACUUUGGUUUUUUUUUUUUUUUGCUUCAUUUUGUUAAAAUGUUCAGGUAUUUAGCUCCCCUUUUAUAUUAUUUUUAAAUUUUUUUUGGUUAUCAGUUAAUAGGGUGUUCCUCUGAAAGCAAAGUCAAAAUUUUACUGUUGUGAUGUACCAAGAGAAUUCUAACCAAUUGUAAUUUUUAAUUCCAGACACGAGUUUAAUCAUUGUCUCUUCAUUUUAAGACUUUUAAUACAAAUGUCAUUUUUAAAGAAACAAACCAAAAACUA